AUGAGGAAGGGAAUGGCUUCGUUUGGGAAGCACCAGAAAGAGACGCACACUUUGUGCCAUCUCUGUGGCUCUAAGGCGUAUCAUCUUCAGAAGUCAACCUGUGGCAAAUGCGGGUAUCCUGCCAAAUGCAAGAGAAAGUAUAAUUGGAGUGCAAAGACUAAGCAACGCAACUCUACUGGUACUGGUCGAAUGAGGCACCUAAAAAUUGUCUGCCUCCGAUUCGGGAAUGGAUUCCGUGAAGGAACAACGCCAAAACCCAAGAGAGCAGCUGUUGCGGCAUCUAGUUCAUCUUGA